UUGGCCACUGUGAAGUUACACACUGUCCCUGCAGCGUUCGGGACCGGGUAAAGAUACAGGAGCCGCCACCUCGUAUGGUUUGAUGGUGAAACGAUCUCGUUCCAACGUAUUUAUUUCGAGGGCGGUGCUGUUGCAUUGCAAGCGGGACUGGGAACGCGCUGGAGCUCUAAUUGAUUCCCAGUUUUCCAAAGCAGUCGGGACGGACGUAGCCUAGCUACUGCACGAGAGUGGAAAUUGUUGCACUCUCCGCUCCAGUGUCGUGCCGGAGCGUCUCGCGGAUAACACCAACUCAAAUCCCAGGACGGAAAAAAACAGGAACAGCCACUUCAUAACAUCGACAACAAAAUCCAACGGGUGGACUGGGACUUGUUGACUUGUUAUUGGGCGCCCGUUUGAUCCAGUCUUUUAAAUGCCUAUUUUCGGAAGGCAAUCGCGUGCAUUGCAAUUCCAUUGAACAGACUGACAGCCCUUGUUAAAACGCGGGGGUGUGUGUACCGAUCCGUCGCUUUUAUUCCAGUUAGAUUUGUAUAGAGGCUUAUUUGCAUGUUCACGUUCGUUCGAAUGCGUGGAAAGGCGCAACAGGUUUAGAAAUGUGCUGUUCAAAGAGAGGGUGGCUGCCAAGUUUAAUAGAAAAUUAAACUUGUUUUUCUGAAUUUGGGAUAGGACUUACUGUUGUUGUUGUUGUUGUUGUUGUUGUUUUCUUUAAAAGAAAACCCCCCCAACAUUUCCAAAUUAAUGAGACAUACCGAAAUGGCAAAAGAACUGAAACCAAGGCUUUGUGUGAUGGCAAAGGACGACGGCGGGUACGGGUUUCACUUGCACGGAGAGAAGGGAAAGAGCGGACAGUUUAUCCGCAAAGUGGAGCCCGGUUCCUCCGCCGAGGCUGCGGGUCUGCGCGCGGGGGACAGGGUGGUGGAGGUGAACGGCGAGAACGUGGAGCGAGACACGCACCACCAGGUGGUCCAGCGGAUCAAGGGCGUGCAGACGGAGACCCGGCUGCUGGUGGUGGACGCCGAGACGGACGCCUACCUGCGGAGCCUCCGGCUCACCUGCACGGAGGAGAUGGCCACCGCCACGCCCGCGGCCACGCCCGCCGCCGCCCCCGCCAGGAAGCAGAACGGCUCGCUGUCCAAGGCCGUCUCGCUGGACCCCAAACACGGCAAGAGGCCGCCCUCGGGCAACGGCAAGCAGGAAAGCCCCGCCCCCGGCAGGGAGCUCCUCCCCCGGCUGUGCCAGCUGCAGAAGGCGGAGAUGGGCUUCGGGUUCAACCUGCACAGCGAGAGGUCCCGGCCGGGCCAGUACAUCCGCUCCGUGGACCCAGACUCCCCGGCCGAGGGGGCCGGGCUGAAGCCCAGAGACAGAGUCAUCGAGGUGAACAGCGUAAACAUCGAGAACCUCCGGCACUCCGAGGUGGUGGCGUUCAUCCGGGGCGGGGGGCAGGAGACGCGUCUGCUGGUGGUGGACCCCGAAACUGACGAGCACUUCAAGAGGCUGGGGGUCACCCCCACGGAGAGCCACACUAAAGACGUCAUUUCUCAGCCAAUGAGAAACGGCUCCACUCAGCCCCAGACCAAUGGCAAGCCAGGACAGCGUUCCAUGCAGACCUCCCUGCCAGACAGGAGGAGCCCAGAUACAAGUUCACAGGGUUCAACUGUGGAAGAGAUGCUGAGACGAACCACCCCAUCCCCCCGGAUAUCCGCCCAGAUCCCCGACACAGACACACAGGUGGAGACGGCAGACGGGCGGUCGCGGGGGGAGGGGGUGGUGGAGGGGGGGCUGCUCCUGAGCAGCACGGCGGCCGAGGCCAAAGAGAAGGCCCUGGGCCUGCGCACCAGGAAGAGGGCCCCCGCCAUGGACUGGAGCCAGAAGCACCAGAUCUUCAGCAACUUCUGAGACCCCUGUACCACCUGCCCCACUCACACCCCCCCCACACCCCAAACCAAACCCCAAACCCCACCCUCAACCCUGCCCCUGCCCCUGCCCCUGUCCCUACCAGAAGCACCAGAUCUUCAGCAACUUCUGAGACCCCUGUACCACCUGCCCCACUCACACCCCCCCCACACCCCAAACCAAACCCCAAACCCCACCCUCAACCCUGCCCCUGCCCCUGUCCCUGCCCCUGUCCCUACCAGAAGCACCAGAUCUUCAACAACUUCUGAGACCUCCAUACCAUCUGCCCCUCUCACAACACCCCCACACCCCAACCAAACCCCAAACCCCACCCUCAACCUUGCCCCUGCCCCUGCCCCCCCCCACCACCACCAUGGACUGGAGCCAGAAGCACCAGAUCUUCAACAACUUCUGAGA